UCCUCUCCCCUCUUUGACGGCCAGCUCGCACGCGCGCCGUACGCGCGCGCGUUCUCUCUCUUCUCUCUAUCUUCUCGUAGCAGCCACGGUGCUUUUGCUUCGCGAACAACUUCGAGCGUCGCGUCGUCCUCGUCGUCGUUGUUGUCGUCGUUGUCGUUGUUGUCGUCGUCAUAGUUGGCGUGGUUUAUCUAACUCUUUUAUAAUAAAAACAACGCAAACGAUAUUCGCGACGGUCAAUUUUUCAUUAACAUUGACAACAAAAAAUUUAAAUAUCGUGAUAAGUAUAUUGUGAUACUGUUUUAGAAAAAAGUAAAUAAACUGGAAGAGUAUCGUGAUGUAUUAGUUAGGAAGAAUUAAAUUCAUCGAUGACCCUCCCCUUCUCAACCCCUUUACCACAGUGAUCGUCAUUAUCGUUUGUGUAGUAGUAUAUACUUUGUUCUCGUUGUGUACGUACAUACUUUGAUGCGCGAGUGCGCGAGUGUGCAUGAGAACACCCCCACCCACCCCUUAAAUUCCCCUUCUUCCCUUCUUCCCCUACUUUUUCUUCUUCUUCUCCUUCUCCUACGCGGAUCGUCACGUUCUUGCCGUAUUUUCGGCGGCGAUUCAUAUUUUCGUCCACGCUAGCUCAUCUCUCUUUCUCUCUCUCUCUCUCUCUCUCUCAUUCUCUCAUUUUCUCUUUCUCUCUCUCUUCUUCCUUCUUACUCUUUCUCCCUGGCCUAUUGCGCAAGCAGGUAGUCGGAAAUAGCACCGUAGCUUCUCGCGGUUAUGAAUUGAUAGCAAACACAUGCUGGACACGACGGUGAACUUUUUUCCACCACUACUUUUAUCUUUUUCUUCUUUUCGUCAUAUUGGUCAUCGUCGUCAUAUUGGUCAUCGUCGUCAUAUUCAAAAGUCAGAACACUGUCGAGUUUUUGAUGGUGAACAACAUCGAACGAUGAUAUUUUUUUCUUCUUCCUUUUCUUAAUCUCUUUCAAUCCGACUUUUCGUUGUCGAGAAUGCGUUAUCUGGAGUUUUGUCGUCGUGGUCGUUAUCGUGGUGUCAUCAAACUGUUCGUCAUUGUUUUUGUCGUCGAAGUAUCUCGAGGUUCGUGCAUGUUCGCCGAUUAUACAAGGACUACGGCACACAUGUACGUGGACUACGCUACUACGGAUACAUACGUCGGAAUGGGAAUCAAGGCCAUGAAGUCGUAUGGCAGGCCGAGAGAUAUACCGGCACAAGUGCCGCCAUUAACGCCUGGGACCAACAAAAAAAUGACAGAGGCCCUAGAGGCCUCAUUUGCUUCUUGGGAGAAAGAAAGAGUACGUCUAAAUAUAACUAAAGACCCAAGGCAAUGGUCGGAAGCAGCUGUCGCCCACUGGUUGCAUUGGGCUAUCCGUGAAUUUUCGUUCGAGGGUGUGGCCAUGCAACCCUGGCAGCACAUGACCGGAAAACAGAUUUGCGCUAUGGGAAAGGAAUCCUUUUUAGCACGUGCCCCAGCCUUCAUGGGUGACAUUUUAUGGGAACACCUUGAAAUGCUGCAAAAAGAUGUCGAUACUGAGAAGGCCUCAUUGGAGAAUACUGCAACUAGCAACUUGUACGAGAGCGUAUGCGUACCAGAUUUAGGUGAUUUUUUGGGAUACCAAGAUUCGUCUGGUCAUCAGGAUCACAAAAGUCCAGCUACGACACCAACAAGUUCUAACAGCACUAACUCGUCCGGCCAAACGCACGGUCCUACCACUCAAACAACAACCCCUACGCAACAACAGCCAUCGUCCGGCGCAGUUUCUUUGGCCUCAAGACAAUAUCAUAACGACGGAGGUUAUGCACAUUUACGCAGUCCCGUGUGUCAAGAUGAAAGUCAGAGGGAAGAAACUUCUCCGCCACCCCACAGCCAUAGUACACAACCUCCUAAUUCUCAUUCCAAUACACCUACGGGAAAUAACAACAAUAAUAACAACAACAAUGCAAAUAAUGCUUAUAUACACCUACGAAAUUUAAAUGAACUCAAAACGGAAUCGAACUAUAGCAGCCACCAUAUAGCGGCGGAACACUUACAAGGAGGAACCGGCGGAUUGGCCAGUGGCGGUGAUCUCGGUGCAACGGGGACCAAUGAGAGUGAGCUUAGGGUUAACAAUACCGGGACGACAGAAGACUACAUUACUCCUGCGCAUUAUUCUGGAUAUGACGAAGCCUCUGAUUAUCACGGUUUAUCGCAGGACCAUCAAGCUCCUCAUACCUAUAAUCUGGAUAGUUCGCCAGAAUUUUACAGUACCAGUGGUAUCCACCUCGAGCCGAAGUAUCAACCAUCGCCAUUUAAAAAUUAUCCUCGAGCGAGAUAUCAUGAAGGAUAUAGUGAAAGCGGUGGAUACAGUCAAUACGAUGCGACACCAUUUCAAACGGUUCCUGGGAGUGGAAACACAGCAACUGGUGCUGCUGGUGUUGGAAGUGAACAAUGGGGUGUUGCACCUAUCAGUGAACAUCUUUCUCAUCAUCCAGCGUUCAUCGCGAGUCUUGGCUCGCGAGAUUCAUCUGGUGCACAUCAUCCACCUUCCAUUGGUAAUAACGCCGAUCAAAAGCCUCUCCUGCAGAGUGCAAUGAUCGCAGCUAGUUAUACCGGUGAUAAUUGUGCAGGUGGUGGUCCAUAUUUCACAGGUUCAGGACCAAUACAACUCUGGCAAUUUUUAUUGGAACUUCUGACCAAUAAAUCAUGUCAGAGUUUCAUCUCAUGGACGGGAGAUGGUUGGGAAUUCAAACUUACGGAUCCCGAUGAAGUGGCACGACGUUGGGGUGUUAGAAAGAAUAAGCCUAAAAUGAAUUACGAAAAAUUAAGCCGCGGUCUACGGUACUAUUAUGAUAAAAAUAUUAUACAUAAGACCGCUGGCAAGCGUUACGUGUACCGUUUCGUCUGUGACUUACAAAAUUUACUUGGAUGUAAUCCAGAGCAACUCCAUGCAAUGGUGGACUUGAAACCGGAAAAGAAGGAAGAAGACUGAGCUUUCUAUAAUGAAUGUGUUGUUUUAGGACAAUGUUACUGAUAUAAACGAAUAUAACUAAUUUUUACGGCAUCGUGCAAGAGAGUUUAACAAGAAAAAAGAAAAUAACAUAAA